CGACGGGAAGAAAAAAUAUUCGUCAAGUGCAUUAAUCGAUUAAUCAGAGCGAAAUAAAUUGGAAUCAGUUUCUUUUUUUAAAUUCGAUGAAUGCCAAACUGGAAUCGGCAAUAGUGUCAGGCUUCAGUAGCUUUUAAUUAUUUCCAAUCGAGGGUUUCGACUUGACUUUGCCCACACGUCAAAACUAUCCGUGACCGAUGGAUGUAAAUAUAGUUUUCGAUUGUGGAGCAUUAAUGUCCAAAACUACAGAAUUGAACCACAGAGUGUAAUUUAUGCGCGAGUGCUGAUUAAUUCACAGCAGGAUGGCGGCUCCGCAAAAUAAAAUGAGAGGUCCAGGGCGGCCACCAAAGCUAAAAACUUUUUGCACCUGGUGUGGCGAAACAAAACAAUCACUGAAAUAUGUUUUGCCAACACAGCACGGAAAUAAAGAAUUUUGUUCGCAAAUUUGCCUCUCCGAGUAUCGGAAAGGUUAUGUUUCGGAAAGAGGGGCUUGUGUUCAUUGUGAUAAUGUCAUUCGAGGAAUACCUGUCACUCUUGACCAGCAGGAUGGUCCAACUAAAUAUUUUUGUUCGCCCUUUUGUUGUAGUAAACAUCAAAAGAAAGACGGCCAGGUGGACUCCAAAAAAAAUAAUAAUGAACAAAGAUCUCCAGCAUCUUCUCCAGUGCCAUCAACGAUAUCAAAUAAUACCAAUAGCAAUGCGAAUAAUACCAACACUGCUUCGACGACAACUCAGUCUUAUAAAAGCGGUAUUAAUAAUCAAAACAAUGUCUCGCAAUCGCCGUCGACAUCUGGCGGUAAUUUUCAAUUCGAGACUUACCAAACCUUCGAUUGGGAACAGUAUCUCAAAGAAACCAACAGUGAGGCGGCGCCCGCAGAGUGUUUCAAACAGCACGAGAUCCCAUCAACAAACGAGUUCAAAAUGGGCAUGAAACUGGAAGCCCUCGACCCGCGAAAUUUAACCUCGACCUGCAUCGCGACAGUCGUGGGAGUUUUGGGACCUCGACUACGCCUCCGACUGGACGGAUCCGACAACAAAAAUGACUUUUGGCGUCUGGUCGACAGCAACGAGAUCCACCCGAUCGGACAUUGCGAGAAGUCGGGUGGAAUGUUGCAGCCGCCUCUCGGGUUUCGCAUGAACGCCUCCAGUUGGCCGAUGUUCCUCCUGAAGACGCUGAACGGGGCGGAAAUGGCGCCUGCCAAGGUUUUUAAACGCGAGCCCCGGGUGCCGAGGUCCAAUAUGUUCAAGGUCGGGCACAAGCUUGAGGCGAUUGACAAGAAGAAUCCGCAACUGAUUUGCACCGCGACUGUCGGCGCAGUCAAGGACGCGAGCAUUCACAUCACUUUCGACGGAUGGCGAGGCGCUUUCGAUUACUGGUGCGACUACGACUCGAGGGACAUUUUCCCCGCGGGCUGGUGCUUCAAGAGUGGCCAUCCUCUUCAGCCACCCAAGCAGAAAUCCACAGGUCAAAAUCGGUUCAAAUCCAGAACGAGUAAUGUCCUUCCAGUGAUGGCAGUUUCCGGCAGUGGAUCGACUGGCGAAUCUGCCGUGACUUUAGUGAGUCCGCCUGUUUCUAGAACGCUUCCGCAACCGGCAACUGAACCGGACACCAGCAGCGCAAAUAGUAAACCGCUUUCUGCAGAAAACGUGACAAUACACGUGAGCCACAGUUGUUCCUGUGGUCCGUAUUUCGAUCCUAGGAAAGUGAAGGCGAUGCCGGGGCAAUUUGGCCCUGGACAGAUCCUCACAGUGACGCGAGAAAUCUUCCAAACCUUUUUAAUGGCAGCACUGAAUCCGAGACAGAUGCUGAAUCUCCUGAAGCGCGGCGAGGGUGAUUACAUCACCCUGAGCUUGGAGAGUAAACCGACGACAGUUCGGAUUCCAGUCUUUGUCGAAGUCAAGGACUUUUAUACAUAUGUCAGGCGGCAGCUCGAAGAUCUUUGCGCUUGCGAGCACUUGCUCUCGAAGAGAAAGGAAACUUGCAGCAAAUGUAUAGUCACCAGUUUGCAACCACCCAGAAUUAUUGUCAAGGAUGAAUUGAUUUCGCCCUUGGCCGAGAAGAGAAGAUGGUCUUCCGAGAAUCAGCAGAAUCCGACGACGACGACGACGACCGCGACGACGACGAUAGCGCCACAGCAAAAGCCAGAACCGCCCCAGAGUAUUGCGAUACCGCUACCCCAGACGAUGUCUGUCACUCCGUCACCUGCCAAGCAGCCGAGGAAAUCGGUUCCUGAGCUUGAAGCCGCUACGUCAACAACUCAGUCCGAAACCCCGGUUGCUAGAUUUUCUUCCACGGAACCUUCUGAGUGGACAAUUGAAGAUGUCAUACAAUAUAUUGCGGUUACAGAUCCAGCUCUUGGACAACACGCUGAUCUCUUUAGGAAACAUGAAAUAGACGGAAAAGCGCUGUUGCUCCUAAAUUCCGAUAUGAUGAUGAAGUACAUGGGUCUGAAGUUGGGCCCAGCCCUUAAGAUCUGCAAUCUCGUGAAUCGUAUCAAGGGAAGGAGACAUCUGGUGCUGUGACCCCCUUAAAAUAAUAUCAGUCUCAACAAAUCUGAAGCCUGCUGUAAAAAACGCAGAUAUUUUAGAACCUGACGCAUUUCGCUUUCUGCUUCUUCGGUGUAAAACCCCCCAUCUCUUUUUGCCUGUCGAGCAACGAAGAAAAGUAUACGAAAGUUCAAAAAAGGAGGGUUCAAAAAACGCAGAAGAAUCCAAAAAAAAAAAUAAUAAUUAGAGAACAGAAAUCUACAAAUAAGACGCCGCCGCCAGGGUUGUCUUCCAUUCUUGAAAAGCUCGAUAAAUCUAAUAUCGAGAUCCUUGCACUUUUCUUUACAAAUCGUGAUUUUUCUUAUCCUCUAUUUAUGAGGAUUCUUUAAAAAAAGAUAUUUAUUGAAAGAUGAUUUAUUAUAUUAUUAUCGCGCGGACGAGUAUUACGUGAUUCUAAAUAUAAAUCUAGUUUUAGAAUUAGACGUGAUGCGGGGUUUUUCUUGGCUUUCUUGAAAUAACUACCGGUUGAUGAGGUAGAGAUUUUUUUUAUUGGAUUAUUAUUAUUUUUAUUUUUUUUUUUUUUUUAAAGACGUUGAGAAGAAGGACCUCGUGGAUUCGGAGGGACAACCUGGUCGCGGAGAAACGGUCGAUGAAGAAAGGUUUUCCGUACUGUGAGACACACGACCUUUUGCAUCAAAUGUGUAAAGGACAAUACGAAGGAAUUUAAUUUUUCUUAAUUGUUUCUGUGAAUAUUGACCUUUUUAUGUGUCUAUCUCGCGCCAAUUGGCGAGCAGAUUUUCGCCUCUGAAGUGGCGAAUUUCUUGAUGCAUUUGCAUGAAAAUUUAUCCAAAGGCUUGUGAUCUACGUCGAAUCGACAUCACGGAACCGAUCAUUUCAAACUAUUUUUACACCUUCCAAAAAGUUUGUUUUCACUCGCUGAGGGCGCUCUUUUUGCCUCGAUAAUUUCCAAAUUUAUAAAUUUAUCAAGUCUUUUCUUUUUUUGAUGAGAAUUUUCGGUAUCUUUUCAUUUGGGAUGAGAUUCGUGAUAAAAAGUCAUUUUUUUGUCGAGUAUGUGUCUUUGUUGUUGGUAGGUUCAUGGCGAGUAAAAUACGUGGGCAUAGACUCAAUAAUAAUGCAGAUAUGAACUCGAUGGUCGACCGUUUCGCCAUCUGGUGCCAAAAAUCUAAACUGAUGUAGAGUUAGAAUUUUAUUUUUAUUUUUGCAUAAU